AUGUUUGACAGUCUUGCGUUCCCGGUGUCUCUGCUCAAUUUCAGGGAUUUGGAUGUGCCCACCUGUAUCAGGCUGGCGGAGCUGCUGUCUCAUCUACAGGACAAAGGAGAGGAGGCAUGUCGAGAGUUUUACAGUGCACUGCACCUCCACGUGGAGGACGUUUAUUUCAGCUUACCCACACGUCUCCGACUCAGAGAUUCUGGUGAACCAGUCGGCCCAAUCCCGAGUCCCACAGACAGAUAUGUAAUAAAUGACCAUAGUCCGUUUUUCUUCCUUAGUUGUUUCAGUGUGGCUGUAGGAGCAGCUCUGCUUUAUUACUAUGGUGAGUCCAAGCAGGUGUCAGGCUCCAGCAGCGCUCUGGGUCUGGCUGCGAUGGGUCUUAGUAGAAAAGUGCGGGACGUUCUCAUCUGGUACAUAGAAGAUGGAAAAUAAUGGAUUUUUUGCUGCCUUAAAAAAAUAAUUUAGACACCGUAAUCAAUUCCGAAAUACUCAAUUACCCAUGUCAAAAAUAUAAAAAUUUUAAUUCAGGUUUAAAAAAA